GCGCCUUUUGAAUUCACGUUGUGGUGGUUGUAAAUGGCGGAUUGAUUGUGAUUGUUUGAUGAAAUAAUUCAAGUUGCUGAUGCUUGACGAUCAUACACAGGAGCUCAAAAGUUAGAUAAUUAUUUACCGUUUGAACUAAGUAGCAGAAUGUCGGACACAAGUGAUCUGGAUCGUCAAAUUGAGCAGCUGAAGAGAUGUGAGAUUAUAAUGGAAGCCGAGGUUAAGGCUUUAUGUGCAAAGGCUCGUGAAAUUCUCGUCGAAGAAAGCAAUGUUCAGCGCGUGGAUUCCCCUGUGACGGUGUGCGGUGACAUUCAUGGCCAGUUCUACGACUUGAAAGAACUGUUUAAAGUUGGCGGAGAUGUUCCUGAAACCAAUUACUUAUUUAUGGGAGACUUUGUAGACCGAGGCUUCUAUUCUGUGGAGACUUUCUUACUAUUAUUGGCAUUGAAAGUACGUUAUCCAGACAGAAUCACAUUAAUCCGUGGCAAUCACGAAUCAAGACAAAUUACACAAGUUUAUGGUUUUUACGAUGAAUGUCUCAGAAAAUAUGGAUCAAUCACAGUUUGGAGGUACUGCACAGAAAUAUUUGACUAUCUGUCCUUGUCUGCGAUCAUUGACGGGCGGAUAUUCUGCGUGCAUGGGGGGCUCAGCCCCUCGAUACAGACGCUAGACCAGAUCCGCACCAUCGACCGCAAACAGGAGGUGCCACACGACGGGCCUAUGUGCGACCUGCUUUGGAGUGACCCUGAAGACACACAAGGCUGGGGCGUGUCCCCCAGAGGUGCGGGCUACUUAUUCGGAUCCGACGUGGUAGCCCAAUUCAACGUGUCCAACGACAUCGACAUGAUCUGCCGGGCCCAUCAGCUAGUUAUGGAAGGCUACAAGUGGCACUUCAACGAGACUGUCCUCACUGUGUGGUCUGCCCCCAACUAUUGCUACAGAUGCGGCAACGUAGCUGCGAUAUUAGAACUGAACGAAAACCUCCAACGCGAGUUCACGAUAUUCGAGGCCGCGCCGCAGGAGUCGCGAGGCGUGCCUUCCAAGAAACCGCAGGCCGAUUACUUCUUAUAAUGUUCCGUACAAUAGACGAUCCGACCGUAGCCAGCCGGCCGCGGGCAGAAGCGAAACUGUGAGGUUUAACCUCAGUGUUCAAGCCCAUAUCAUUCGCGCCAAAACAUUUACGAAUUGCCAACCUUCAAAUCUAGUGACAACUCCCAAACUGCUGCUGGUGGUAGUGAUUGGUGUGGAUCGAAAGUUAAAUAGUGUGCUACUCCUGCUAUGGUUAUAAGGGCUAAUUCACCCUGACAUAGCCUAAAAGUUGAUUGAUAAGGUUAAAGUGGCGGCAAGUGGACCAAAAUUCGUUUAAAUCAAUAAAAAUUUGAAAUCAAUAGAAGACACAUUCUCACUAAACUUGCAUAGAAUCAUUUUAAUAUUGUACAACCUGUGGCUUAGUUAGGAAUAAUACAACUCCCAUUCCCUUGGGACUGUGUUCAACUUUCUUCGCUUUCUUGGGUUGUGUAUGUGUCCUCAUUGCUUCUCCUGAGUUGUGUACAAGAGCCCUCGCGUCCCACUGGGCUAUCUAAGAGCGCCCUCGGGCCCUUCUGGGCCGCGGCCGGGUCUAUCUAAAACCGUUAUCGGGUCCCAUUAGGCUGCGUUUUGUGACUAAAGCCCGGUCUGUGAGCACGUAGAAUUUUGAAUGACCCCAAGCUACCUAUCCUUAUCGCUCGCGCGUAAUUAUAUUGCUGUCGCGACUGUGCGACGGGCAUGUGCUGUGUAAAAGCGACUACGCGCACGGCUCGGCUGUGUAAAAGCGCCUUCGUGCUCUGUUGAGCUGUUUAUAAGCGCCCUGUGCGCCCCAAGGUGUGUACAAGCGUUCUCGCGUCCUACUGGGCGCUUUAUUGAAAGCGCUUUCGCACCACAUUGCGCUGUGUAAAAACGCUCUCACACGCACUAGGUGGUGUAAAAGCGCCCUUGUUCGCCAGUGGGCUGUGUACAAUCGCCCUUUUUUCUGUGUGGAAGCCCCCCGCGCGGCCGGCUAAAGUAUUACGGUUAUUGUAGUGACAAAACAUUUCAAUGUGGAAAUAUUUUUAUUGUGAUUUUAAGACUGCUAAGUGUAACGAGGAAUGCGUUUGAGUGUGUACGACACAAAGUUCCAAUAGUAUGAUCUUCGAAGAUGAAAUACAGGGAAUGGUUUUGUACAACAACGCCCAUCUCAUAGGUGGUAGUAUACAUGUAUACACGACACUGAUGCCAAAAAAAGACUUUAAAUGUUCAUAGAAAAUCCAUGAAAUAAGGAAAAUGGUAUUAUCGCGGGCGAGCUAUCGGUCAGUCCCCCCGCUCUCUCGGGGCGGCGGCAGCAUGUGCUCGGUGGUGUAGCGGGGCACGCGGGGGUGGUGCGGGCGGUAACAAGCGCCGUCCCGAAAGUUUUAGGAAACGUUUGAACAAGGUUUUUUGGUAUUAAAGUAAUAGUUAAAAUUUUAUUUAUAUUUUUCUUGUAAUUACUUUCAUGUGUACUACCACCCCUGAGAUGGGGGUUGUUUUACAAAACCACAUCCUGUAUAAUUAUUAUUUCAAUAUGUGCCAUAUUUUUGGAGGAAAAUGCACAGAUCGCAUAAUUUGAUGACACUUUUGAUGCUGGUCUCAUUUGAUAGAACAUUCGCUCUCAUAGAUAUGUCAAAUCUUCAUACGGAUACUUUUUAUUUGUUAUAGGAAUCUGGCCUAAUUCAUGACUUACAUUUUAUAAAUAAUAGCCAGAUAAUCGAACCAAAUGCCCCAUUUCAGAAUCAAAUAUUGUUACUAUUGGAACUUUGUAACAUACAUAUUUGCAGUAACUUAUGCUGUUUUUUAUGUACAAACAAAGUUCUGAUCAUCUAUCGCUUGGCUGAGGUUAGCAGUAGGUUAGGAUUAAUUACUACCCUUUCCCGAUAAGUGCACAUAAUUAUGUUUAAUUAGCAUUGAAGAUAUAAUUAAUAAUUUGAUUGCAUCAAUCAAGUAUUAUAGUUAGUAAUCAGCAGAAUAAUGACCAUGUGACCUUUGCCAUUUUGGGAUUGAUUUUCUUGUACAAAUAACUCCCAAAUCCUUUGCAAUGUAAUUUUAAUUUGAAACAAAUAACAAAAUCUCAAUAUGUUGAAAUAUUAUGUAAUGGCUUUCUUCCUUGUAUUGUUGAACAACCUUUAAAGUUUCAGUAUGAUAGUUUUUCUAGCCUAAGUCAAGCUACUAAAAUGUAGAGCGUAAUCCGUUUGUACAUGUGUUUGUUAAGUGAUAUUGUCGAUAACUUAAAUGCCUCGUAGUUUUCAAUACCUCAGUGGUUUAGUUCAUACUUUAAAUUAUUUACUGUCGACAGCAUAUCGUUCUAUGCAUUAUUGUUGCAUAACAGUACCUAUUACAAGCACUUAAGAUGCUAAAGUCCGGUCGCCGAGCAGAUAGAAUUUUGUCCAAUGACUACCCAUCCUUAUCGCUCGUGCGUAAUUUUACUGCUGUCGCGACUGUGCGACGGGCGGCCGCAGUGAGUGUGUGAGCGCGAUAGCAAUAUAAUUACGCACGAGCGAUAAGGAUGGGUAGCUUGGGAUCAUUGGACGAAAUUCUAUCUACUCAGCGAGCGGACUUUACAGUGUAUAGCUUGAUUUGCCAUCGACUUACAUGAAGUCUACUCAAGAUUUUUAAAAAUCACUGCACUGAUAGUCGAAUAAUGUAUGAACUAAAUCAUUGAUUAAUUAAUUUAAGUGCUAAUAACUGGUUAUAAGUUAUUAGUAAGAUGUUAAAAUCGAAGUUAACUCGGAUAUAUUUAGGCAAAUGAGCAAUGAAUAGGAUAGAUCUUUUUCAGUAGCAAAUAUUUAAAUAAUUAACUAAAUACCACAUGUUUUAACACUGCCCUAAUUAUACUGUACAUAAUAUUAACUGACAGGUUUUUAAAAUGCCUUUUUGUGUUUUAUGGAAGGUGAAAAGGUUAGCGUUUUUGUCAUUUAAGUUCCGUUUGAAUGUUUGAUCAUACAGUCUUCUAUACCACUAUUUAAAUAUAAGAAAUUACAAAUAUCAAGUGUUCAGGAGCCAUUGUUAAUUAACAAUGUUGCUCAUAAAUAAAUUAUUAUUACUUAUAAAGCUGACAAAUAUAUCAAAUGGAACAUUGAUUGACAUUGUUUUAUAGAAUUAGAUGUUUAAAACGGAAGUCCUCAAAAUAUAACCGACUUGGAUUGUUAACAUUAUGGUGAUAUGCUCGCUCAAUCAGUAAAAUUCUGCUAAUCUGUCUAAAUAGUGAAAUAAGUAUUUAAAUGAUGUCAAUAUCGAAAUGUCUAGACUUCGGAAACGACUAAGAUAAAUCAGCAGAAAGAUGUAUAUAGCCUUAGUGCUUUGUUUUUGCCAAUAAAUAGUUUAAAUUUAUUACAUAAUGGUGCGAUAUUAUGUCAUUAUGACAAAAUGCAGUUUUUUGUAUAAACUUACUAAACAUAUUGAUCCCUGUAAC